CAUCGAAGCCUGUUUUGGUCAAUGCAAGGUUUCGCAUAAAAAUACUUUUACAUGGUAAAAAUGUAUUACUGAUAUCUUUCUUUAAGUACAAAGUAUAUUUGGAGAAGCGUAUUGUGUGUAUGUUGUUUUAUGACAGAGUCGAACCAAUUCGGCGAAAGAACUAAAGAAUGGACACGAAAAUAAAGGUACCACAGGCCGUCAAAGCUAAAGUAAUGUUAUGGACGGAUGUAAGCUACCAUGACAUGGAGGAGAUCGACAAUAUGCAGUCCAUUCCUGAUCUGGAGAGUGUUUUGUGCAGUGUGCUUGGAGUUGACCUUCCUGAACCAAAAAGAGGAGUUCUGCUGGAGUUGUAUGUCCAGACUGUGCUUUUUAGCAGAGAGUGCAGCUUCAAAAAGGAACAAACUUCUGCUCUGUUGUCCAUCAUCAAGUCCAUCCAUGAGGCUAACAUAGAAACGCCACUCAACAACAUCGAACAGUGUUUCAUAUACUGCAAGGAGCUUAUCCUCUGUCACUCAGUCAGGCGACCUCCCUUUAGUGUCGACCUCUUCAGCUCUAAGGAGGUGAACUGUAUCUUUGAGUACAUCCAUAACAGCUAUAUGAGACACUACAAACUCUACAAAUACAUCUUUACUCCACAGGUGAAACUUGAUUUGUCUUUGACGUACUCUGGGAUCCCAGACCAUGAGGAUUCUUCUGCUUCAGAAGUAGCAGAGGUUUUACCAAAGAAAGAUGGUUCUCCUGAGACACAGGAAACAUCCAUCACAGAAGAGGACACCUCAGCUGGUCCCACAUCAGAACUGAAGGCACUGAUAGAGAAAGAAGUCAAAGAGCAGAUGAUGCUUGUGUCUGGACACCUAGAUCAGCGAAUGAAAGAUAUUGCAGAUCAGCACAACAGGGCAUUAGACUCUCCACAGCUCAACCACAAGGCCAGAAAAUAAUGAAUGAAUGAAAGUUUCCUUAUACCUUUCCAUUCAAACAGCCAAUAUGAUGAUUU